AUGUACAACGGAAUCGGACUGAAGACCCCAAGGGGGUCAGGGACCAAUGGAUACAUCCAGACAAACAUGGCGCACAUUCGAAACGCCAGAAACACAGUCAGAGAUUACGAGAAAUUCAGGAACGAACUAACGAUGAAUAGCAUAGUGGACAAAAAGCACACCUGUGAUUAUUCAAUUAUUGAACACUCAGAAAAAAGAAAAAUAGAGUUAAAGGUUUUACUAUAUGAAGAAAAACUAAGAGAGGAGGGGAAGCAAAGCAUCGAAAAUUUAGUCGACCAGUAUCGGAAUCUGUUAUAUGAAGAAUAUUAUGACGAUAAAAAAAGGAAAGAGAGAACUGUCGGAAUGCAUUCUAAUAGGGAUAGUACGUGGGAGGAAAAUACCCACAUGCGUAAUGAUAGGAAGAAGAAACAACUAGAGGAUUUUCAGAGGGCCCUACGAAUUCGAAGAGAAAAUAGUCGCGAUCGAGGGAUGCUACUAGGGAGAGAGAAUCCCAAGGGGGGUGCAUCCUAUGGGGCAAAAAGUGGCGAAAAAGGUGGAGAAGAAAAUAACUUAAGCAAGGAUCUGGGAAGGGAACCCAAAAGAGGUACCAAAAAAGAGAAGGAAAAGCAAAGGAGAAAAGAGAAGAGAGACAGCAAAAAGCCCAAAUCUAGGAGGAAAAAGACGGAACUUCCUGACCACAGUGAUGAUACAUACCAGGGAGGAAGUGUCGAAGAAAGUGAUGAACAGGACGACAAAGGUCGGAGCCUCUCAAGAAGCGUCGCAACUAGUAGCGACCCAAGCAGCAGUGACGCUACCAGCAGUGACGCGACCAGAAGUGACGCAACCAGCAAUGACGCGACCAGAAGUGACGCAACCAGCAAUGACCCGACCAGCAGUGAUGCAACAAACAGUGACGAUUAUUCCGAUGCAGACUCUAGUUCACCUUCAGAAGAAUCAGACCAUUCGGGAAACUUCGAAUCGUCUGAAUCCUUUGUGGCUUCCAGUGAAGACGGCUCCAUACAUAACCCAAAGCGUGGGAAGCCUCUUAAGAAGGAAUGGAGCGAUGGAAAGAAAAGAAGGAAGAUCAGUUCUCAGGAGUCUUCUUGUCCCAGAAGAAGAAGGCAUAGAACCAACAGAAGAAGAAAAUGCAAAGAUAUAAAGAAAAGUUCGGAUGCGUCCAACUCAUCAGGCGAUGCAUCCGAUUCGAUAAAUUCUAGCAGUUCCCGUGACUUAAGCGAUGCCUCGCCACGACGCCGAUCCGAUGACAUGAAAAAGAAGCCCGUUCACAAGGAGAAGAGACAUGAUAAAACCAAAAGUGCUGCUGCGAUCCGUAAGGAUGAGGAUCGCACACGUCUGAGCAGCAGGAAGGAUCGAGAUCAGAGAGACCGGUGCAGUGGAAGAAUAGAUGACCCAAGUGAAGAAAGCAAUGGAAUUGAAAGAAGUGACAAGCAGAACCAACGCGACGAACGCAACAAACACGACAGGAGUGAUAAGCGUAACAAUCAUGACAACCGUGAUGAAGGAGACAGACGUGACAAAAGAGGCAGACGUGACGAACGAGACAGACGUGACGAACGAGACAGACGUGACGAACGAGAAAAACGUAAAGAACGACAGAAACGUAACGAACGAGAAAAACGUGAAAAACAUGAAAAACGUGACCGACGUGACGAUAGUGAAAAGACCGAAGGGACAAAUAAACACUCCCCGAAGAAAAUCGCUCACGCUGAGGCUCACGCGCGAGCAAGGGAUUCCUCCUCCCCCAGCGGAAGGAUAAUGCGCCGGUGCGAUGAUGCCCAACCGAACGAUCGCAGAUCUGGAAAAGCGCAUAAAGAGAGGGAUAAAAAGCAGAGUGACAAAUACAGAAAAAGAAGUGCCAGCAGCAAAAGUAGUAGUCUCGGUGCACCAAGAAAGAAGAAAAGAAUCGAAAGUGGAACUGAUUUCUUUGCGGACAAUCAUGAAAGGAAGAAUAAUCAAAAAAAUGGAAAUCCCAAUUUCGAUAAUGACAAUUGUGAAAACACACAAUUUGAGAGUGAAAAAUUGAACAAGGAACCCACCAGUGAGGAAACUUUACAAAUUAUUAACAAUAUUAAAAAUUACUACAGCAAAAAAGAAAGAGAAAACUGCAAAAAGUCAGAGCGAAGGAAUUCUCCACAGAGACACUUGAGUAAUAAUGAUCCCAGUCCAUCUGAACACAAGAUAGAAGCUCCAAAGAAAAACAGCAAGAGGAGUGAUUCCCUUGACAGGGUCAGCAGCGAGCGCGGCAGUAGUAAUAGCAGUAAUAGACGUACAGCCCCCAAACACAGCUGUGACAAACGUAAAGGUAGUCACAAAGAAAGAGAAUCGCCAAGCCUAUGUGCACAAAAUGACCAGCGGAGAAACAGUCAUAGGAAAAGAGAAGGAACGACAAAUGAACAGAAGGAUGGUAGACGUAAAAAACAGACGGAGGACGAUGAAAAACGAAAACAUGGACACAAGGAAAAGUCAGAAAAUGCUAAAAGUAGACCUGAAGAAGGAAAGGAACCUAGGCAAGUGAGUGAAGACGAGCAUGAAAAAUCACCGAGUGAAAAGGAAAAGGAAACAGACGAUAAAGAGGCAACCGGGAAAGAAACUCCAGCGAAAGAAGAGAUGCACCAAAAGGAAAAAGAACAAAGCAGUAAUGCCAAAAAUGAGAAGGAGACCAGAAGGGAUGAUAACAGUAACGCAAAAGAACAGAAAAAGAGAUUUCUGUUUUUUUAA